AUGGAUCUGCAGAGCGGGUUCAGGCUGCGGAGAACACACGAGAAAUCCAGACGUGGGUGUCUGAGAUGUAAGCACCAGCGGAAGAAGUGUGAUGAGUUGAGGCCGAGUUGCUCUAGAUGCACCAAGCGGGCGUAUCCAUGUCGGUAUCAGGGCGUGUCGGAGCAGGAGUCGCCCCGUCCAGCCAUAAGUCCGGGUGUUGUAGGUUCAGCGUCGAAUACCAGUUCCUCAUCUGGACAGCCUGCUUUGAGGUAUAAUACAGAAGAAAGCUUCAUAUCUAGUCAAAAUGGUACUCUCGACGCGACAGAACUCAGUCUCCUAGCCCACUACCUCACACACACCAGCCAAACAAUCCCAUUCGACCAUCUCGAUCUCUACGCUCUGUCGGUUGGCGUUCCGAAUCUCGCAUUCAACUGCAACUUUGUCAUGGCAUCCCUGCUCGCCCUGGCAGCUGCAUGCAAGUGCCACGAUAUUGCAAAGCAAGCCCCAUCGCCACUAGACCACCAGACCGUAUCGUCCAUUAAAGAACUACUGGCGCUUGCGGAGCGCCACCACACGGCUUCCCUGCGCCACGUCCAAGCAGCCAUGCAGAACUCGGGCUCCUACGAUUCCGUGCUCGCCACUGCGGCAUUGAUGGUCUUGUAUGCCUCAGCCAGUCACUCCAUCCGAGUCCAUCUCGCGGCUACCGCGAAAGACUGCGGGCGGCGACUGCCUAGUGAGGUUCUUCCGCAGCAUUCGCAGUGGAUCUCAUUUACAAGGGCGGCUCAUACUGCGUCUACAGCUGUUUUGAAAGAUAUGGUCGAUCAGGAUCAGGAGUGCACUGCCACUACCCCGGAUGUAGAUACCAGAAUACCGGGGGCGGUGUUAUCGCCACAAGACGGUCCGUCUGAGAGCACGAAGAAGCUGUUUCUCCCUCUAGUAGAGUCUACGUAUCGUCGAGCUCUGGAGAGCCUGCGUAGGAGGGGUGAAUCUACAGUGUCUAGUUGUGACUCCAUCCAGCUGCACGCAUCGUUGGCAACUAUUUCCGUACUUGAAAAAUGUGCCUCAGCAGCUUUGUCCACAGACAGUAACCGCGUCGAGCCCCCCAACCAGCCCAGAUUAUUUACUGAAUCAUCUAACGUCACCCCAUGGGUAGCAAGAUACAUGAUCAGUGUCACGUCAAUGGAGUCACCGCAGGCCCUUCGACGAAUCAUCAUGUCAUUCCUGAACAAAGCACCGGCCGAGUAUCUCAGCCUCGUGCAGUCUGUUCUCGAUGCACCUAGUGAGGAAGAAUGCCUCGAUGCGACAAACUUCCUAGCCAUGGACAUUUUUGCGCAUUGGUUAGUACUAGUCAUGCUAUUGGAUGGUGUGUGGUGGAUUGGCGAUAUUGGACAGUGGGAACUAGGGCAAGUGGUGGCGUUCAUGAAGAGUCGGACUGGGGAAAGGUGGUGGCCUGGGAGUAUGUACUUGGUGAAGCGGGAGCUGCAUUUACAAUAG